CAACAUGGCCGCAAGCGUGCUAAACGUGAUGGCGUCAGUGAGCACAGCGCCACGCCCCUUGCGGUGACUCCAUUUUGUGCUAGUGGAAGGAGCUUGCUGGUUGUAUUUCCGGGUUGUCGGAGACCGGGGAGACCGGAAACCGGAGGGAGCAGCGGAGAGAGGGUAAGGGGGCAGAGGGGCCGCUGUCAGGCCGUGUUUGGAGCGGCGGUGAGGUGCGGGACGUGCCCGGGCUGUGCGCACACACUGCGGAUGACAAUUGGCGCUGUCCUGGAGAUCGCGGCGGACACAGGAUUCGUGUGGUCCCCACCCCAUUUAGGGGCUGGUUGCAGGAGUCAACUCAGAGUCCUUAAAAUUAGCAAGAAAGAUGCCGAUCCCUCCACCCCCACCGCCACCCCCGCCGGGAGCUCCCCCACCUCCGACCUUCUCCCAGGCUAACAUUGAGCCCCCCAAGCUUAACCGCGAUGAGCAGAGAGGCAGAGGGGCUCUUCUCAAUGAUAUCUGUAAAGGAGCAAAACUAAAGAAGGCCACCGUAGUGAAUGACCGGAGUGCCCCAGUGUUGGAAAAGGCUAAAGGUUCAAGCGGUGGUGGUCCUGGGUUUGGGCCAACUGGUGGAGGAGCAAUGCAACCUAAAGGAGGUCUCUUCUCAGGGGGAGUUCCUAAACUGAGGCCAGUGGGGGGCAAAGAUACCUCAGAAAGCCCAUCUGGUCGGUCUCCUCUUCAGGGUUCAUCAACGAGAUCAGCUGCGCCUCGUCCCCCAGUUUCAGGAGGGAGACCCCAGGAUGAUUCGGACAGCAGCAGCAACCGUUCUUCCCCACCAGAAAUCGGACGAGCUCACAGGCCAUCCUUGCCAGAUCUUACUCGCCCACCUAGUACCACUAGUCCUGGAAUGAAGCACAGUUCCUCGGCCCCUCCUCCCCCUCCUCCUGGGCGACGCCAUACUAAUGCAGCACCUACUCAGAAUGCCAAACCAUACAGUAGGGAUAAACCAUUACCGCCAACUCCAGGACAUCAUCGGGCCCCUGCUGCUCCUCCAGUAAAGCCCCCUCCCUCUCCUGUCAACAUGCGGACCCCAAAUUCUCAGGGACAGCCUCCUCCACCCCCACCUUACAGACAACCCCCUCCUUCUGUGAAUGGACCACCUAGCCCAAUAAAUGAGCCUCCACCAGAUCUACCACAGCGACAUAACUCUCUCCAUCGUAAGCAAGCUCCACCAGUGCGAGGAUUGGCUCCUCCUCCACCACCUUCAGCAAAUCUAUCUCCAGGUGGAAACAGACCACCACCCCCUGCAAGAGACCCUCCUUCUAGGGGAGCAGCUCCACCCCCACCACCUCCAGUAAUACGAAAUGGAGGCCGGGAUGCACCACCUCCUCCUCCCCCUCCUUACCGAAUGCAUGGCACAAGUGAUACGACACAGAAUCGGGCUAAGCCACCCCCACCUCCUUCUCGUACUCCUUCAGGACCUCCUCCACCACCACCUCCUGUCAGGAAUGGACACAGAGACUCUAUCUCUGUUGGGAGAUCAUUUGCAGAUGACUUUGAAUCAAAAUAUUCCUUCCAUUCGGUGGAUGAAUUUCCUGCUCCAGAGGACUACAGACCCUUCCAGAAAAUUUAUCCCAGUAAAACAUUUAGAGGAACCCGUGGAGCUCCUCCUUUGCCGCCCAUUCCGAGGUGAGACGAUGUUGCCAGCCUCUGCUGCCUGGACUCUUCAGCCCCAGCCCUCCUUAUCUCCGCCCGCCUCUUACAGAGUGGGGUUGCCCCCGCAUGACAACAUUUGUGAACAAAAAGGAGCUGGGUGCCCCCGCCUGUCUAUGCAUUCCAUAUCCUUGCCACCGACACCACCCUCUCCACACCUUGCACGGGAGGGGGCAUUGUACGGUUCAGACUUCUGGGUCUAAUCAAGAAACUUACCAUCCUUCCCCUUCCAUUCUAUACUUGUCAGACAAUUAAUUUUGCUAAUUCCAUAAGAAACAAAAUAGAUUUACAUUUGUAGGAGGAGGGUUUUCGGGGGGUAAGUAAAAACUCCCCAAUGUAGAACACUACAAGGCAGUUGUUACACUAUAUAGGAUUACAUAACCUAUUGAGUAAGAAUUCCCAGGACAGCUAGUGAUGACGAACUGCCCAGCACUCCCAGGUCUUGUACUCCACACUAUGCACUUUGUAACUCUUACCCAAAGAGACCUGGUACAAACCCUAUCCAGGCCGCUGCGGGGUCAGGACACUGGAGUUCGGACUUGGGCUGUGGACCUCAAAUAGUUUGAACUAGGAGCAUGACAAACGCAUAUUGCAAUCUUCAACAACACAAAUUAUGCAUCAUGGCUGCAGAAGACGCAUGCACGGAGACCACGGGACGCAUUGGAAUUACCAGAUUACAAAGUCUCUGACAUGUGACUUCUUUUAGUGGAGGUUGUUUGUGCUUAAUAUGGUGAUGGGCACAAAUUUUUUUUAUUUUUUUUAUUUUAUUUUUCUAUUUUUUGGGUGGUUAUGCACUUCACCGUCUAUGCAGAUAAGAGGAGGGUUAUUGAUAAGUGGUGUUUUUUCAUUUUUUAGGUCACUGGAAUCCCCCCACUUUUUUUUUUUUAAUUAGUCCUAAAUACCCCACCUGUUUUUUUUUGUUCUCUAUACUUUCCAAUCCUUUGAAUAACUGACUGUAGUAGUAAUCCCUUGCCCCACUAUAUGUAUCAGGAAGGCGCUCUGGUUACCGGUUUCCUCUGUGGUUAUGUGUAGAUGAGUUAUGACAAUACUUUUAUAAUGGACCACACUCUGGGUAUUGGACGUUUUUAGCGUAGAGUUGUAAAAGCACAUCUAGCACCAAUGCAGAGGUCCUCUGCAUUGUUAUUCAGUGCACCGUGUAGGGACAGUCACUGUCAUUUUCUGUUUCUGCAGCAUGUAUAUCAUCUGUGUAUAAAGAUAUUGGUGACACUAAUCUGCAGCAUGUUAAUGACUGCCAACACCCCCAAUGCUGCUUCGGUUUGCGGGGAAUCAUUUGCCUUAUAUCAGGGGUUCACUUUUGUGUGCCGACGAGAUCAGCACAUAGGCUGGGCUCAUGGAAUAUCUUCACCGACUGUCUACACAUGCAAAGUCCAUCUUUACUUUUACCUCUGUGUUUUACUCCAUGAGGGUCUAUUCACAUGGCAGAAUUUCCGCUUGCAGAAUUCCUCCUCAAAUUAAAGCCCAUAGACUUCUAUGGGA